UAAUACAAAAAUGAUCUCAUUUAAAGUAUCUGCACCAGGAAAAGUUAUUUUAUUUGGAGAACAUGCAGUAAUGUAUGGAAAGACUGCCUUAGCAGCUAGUUUAGAUUUACGUACAAAUUUGAAAUUUCAAGAGCUACAAGAAGUAGAAGAAAUUAUAAAAUUAAACUUUGAUAAUAUGAACUUGGUCGUGAAUGUACCAAUUCAACGUAUACAAACAUAUAUUUCCAUGUAUAAAUCUCAUCAAUUAGAACAUAAUCAUGAUAAUCUUUAUGAUCAUAUUCAACAAUUCGUACACAAUAUUGGAUAUAAUAAUCCACAUCAAAAAUUAAGUUUAGAAGCUUUUUUUUAUUUGCUCAUAUAUGUAUCCAAUAAAGAAGAAAUUGAUAUAAAACCUGCAGAAAUAAAUUUGAAUACGGAGUUAUCAAUUGGUGCUGGACUUGGAAGUUCAGCUUCAUUUGCAGUUUGUUUAUCGGCUUGUUUUCUUCAUUGGUCACGUUUGCAAAAGAAAAUCUAUAAAACUUUAGAUACGAACGAUUUGAAACUUAUAUCAAAAUAUGCAUUUGAAUGUGAAAAAAUUUUACAUGGUACACCAUCUGGAAUUGAUAAUUCCAUUUGCACAUAUGGAUCAAUAAUUGAAUUUAGAAAAAAUGAUUGCAUAAACUCGAUACUUAAUGUAAGGAAAAUGAAAAUUUUAUUGGUAGAUACCAGAGUUCAAAGAAGCACUAAAACAAUAAUAGAUAAAUCAACAAAAUUGAAAUGUAUGUAUCCUACUGUUAUUGAUCCUAUCAUGGAUUCUAUAGACAACAUAUCAAAAGAAGCACUAAAAAUUCUUAAACAAGAUAUAAAUCAAACCCAAAAUGAUAGUAAAGGAAAAUGCGAAGAAUAUGAAGAAUACAACCAAUUAAUGAUGCUUAUCAACAUAAAUCAAAGUUUAUUAGCAGCAUUGCAAACAUCUCAUUCAUCAUUAGAUAGAAUAUGCGCAGAAGCUCAAAAUUAUGGAUUUGCUGCAAAGUUAACCGGUGCCGGCGGCGGAGGACAUGCUUUUAUUUUGUUACCACCUGAUACGCAACCCGAAAUCAUAUCAAGUAUUUCGCGAAAAUUAAUUGCAGAUGGUUACUGUGUUACAUUGACAAGCUUAGGGGGUACUGGUGUUUUAAUCGACGAAUAAAUUACUAUUUUUACAAUUAUUUUAUGAUUAUCUAUAAAUAAACCAUUUUGUUUUA